AUGGCAUAUGAUGAAGAAUUAGACAAGAUAACAGAUGAGAAAGUUUAUGAAACAAUGAUUUAAAAUGAAGAAUAUAUAGAGCAUUUAUGGCCAUUUAAUCAUUGCUCUAGAAAAUAUUAUUUAACAACAGUGUCAAAAGCUAAAUAUUUUACAUAUAGAUGUAAGAAAUUUGUACUUUAAUAUUGCAUCAUUAAACCAAUUUUUACUUUUUUAUUGAUAUUUUCAUAACCUUUUCAUUCAUAAUUUAUUCUGAAUUUGGAAUUAAUCUUUGAAAUAAUAAUUAUUUUGAGUGAAUCCUUUUCUCUUUAUUAUUUAAUCCUUUUUUAUGUAGCUCUUAAGAAACCUUUAAGUCCAUAUAAGUAUGAAUUAUUGUAAUUGAAUUAUUAGACCACUUUUAAAAUUCUUGAUUAUAAAAAUAACAUUAUUCUUUACAUUUUGGUAAUCACUUGUGUUGUCUGUAUUCAAAAAAUAAAUUGGAGAUUGUUUUGAGCCAGAUGAUAUUCACUUUACAGAUGAAAGAAUUAUUAGUAGUAUAGAGAAUACAUUAGUAUGUUUGGAGAUGUUUAUAAUGACAAUAGCAUGUAUAUUCGCAUUUAGCUAUAGCGAAUUUAUGAAGGAAUAAAAUAAUAAGGGAACUCUUAAAAAAGCUAUAAGUGAUAAUUGGAAGGCAUUUAAACAUGACUUUAGAUUAAUAAGACCAAAGAAAUUUGGGUAAAUAAAUCAUUUUUAUAUUAGAUAUACACCAAAAGUACAUCAUAUAGAAUUACAGGAGAAAUUGUUUUCAUCAAAUGAAGUAGAUAUUCAUAUUGAGAAAAUGAAUGUGAAAUAAGAAUAUUUAUGA